AAGAAGGUAAUGGAUUCCGGGAGGCUCGCCGCCGGCGAGGUUUCCGGCAUGAGGGCGGCGUCGGGGGAGGCCCUGCAGGCCAUUGUGAGCAGGGUGAGGGGGGAGGAUCGAGAAACGAGGAUGGAUGCGGCGAGGGAGAUUCGCCAGCUGACGAAGACGUCGGCGAGGCACCGCCGCCACCUCGCCGGCGCGAUCGAACCCUUGGUUGCGAUGCUGCGGGAUGAGAAUUUAGACUGUGUGGAGGUCGCCAUCUUGGCUCUUCUCAAUCUCGCCGUGAAAGAUGAGAGGAACAAGAUCAAGAUCGUUGAUGCCGGCGCACUCGACCCCAUCAUCACCUUCCUCCAAUCAAAAAAUUCAAAUUUGCAGGAAUACGCCACCGCCGUCCUCCUCACCCUCUCCGCCACCUCUCACAACAAGCCCAUCAUCAGCUCCUGCGGCGCCAUCCCUCUCCUUAUCGAUACUCUAAUCAACGGCAACCCGCAAGCCAAGAUCGACGCCAUCAUGGCUCUCUACAAUCUCUCCACAAUCUCCUCCAACCUCGAAACCAUCCUCAAAUCACACACAAUCCCCCCAUUGAUCGCCGUCCUCAAGACCUGCAACAAAUCCUCCAAAACCGCAGACAAGUGCUGCGCGAUCCUCGAAUCCCUCCUCGCUUACGACGAAGGAAGGGCUGCCUUAACAGCCGAGCAAGGCGGCGUCCUCUCGCUCGUCGAAGUUCUCGAAGAAGGCUCCCUCCAUGGCCGGGAGCACGCGGUCGGGGCCCUUCUGACCAUGUGUGAGAGCGAUAGAAAUAGAUACAGAGAGAUCAUUCUGAAAGAAGGGGCGAUUCCUGGUCUUCUGGAGCUCACGGUUCAUGGAACGCCGAGGUCUCGAAUCAAAGCCAAGGAACUCCUGCAUCUGCUGAGGAAGUCUCCGUACCAGAGAUCGGAACUGGAAGCCGACGCAUUGGAGAACAUUGUCUGUUCGAUCGUGUCGGGAAUGGAGGGCGAAGACUGCGCGGGGAAGGCGAAGAAGAUGCUCGCAGAAAUGGUGCAGGUGAGCAUGGAGCAGAGCUUGAGGCAUCUGCAGCAGAGAGCUUUGGUCUGCACUUCAUCUGAGAUUCCUCUCAAAACCUGCAAGUCUGAGGUUCCUCUAAAAUGAUCUUUGAAUGCCUCCUUCUUCUUCAUCUUCUUUGGCUCUGAGUUGUGAAAAUUUUAAGGAGGAAUGAGAUUUGGGAGCAGGUAAAUAAUUAGAUGCAGUUUUAUAUAGAAGUUUUCUGAUUUCACUGCUGUUUGAUAGAAUGCCAGUCCAGGCCACUCUGGUAUCAGGUGACUGGUUUAAAUGUUUCAGUUCAGAGGCCCACCAACCCCCCC